UUCUAAUAAAAUUAUGUCGAAAAUAUAUGUAAUAUUAUUAAUAAUUUAUACGUGUUUACAACAAGUGAGGUUAGAAACAUCGGAUAAUACAAAUACACAAAUUGUAAAUAAUAAUAUUAGUUUAAGUAAUGUUAUUACAAAAGUGAAUAAAAUUAAUCAAGAAAAGAAACCAGUUCCAGUUGAACUUUUAUCGAAAGUUCCCAUCAAUAGUUCUCCAUCUGUAAAUAAUAUUAGUAAUAAUCAUAUAAAUAAUGUUGUUGUUCCUGUAAUCAAUUCAACAGAGCCGUCUUCAUUGCAAAAGAAACCACCAACAACGGGAAUUGGUAUCGAGCAAAUGCAACAGGCGAAUAUAUCAUUGACCGCGGAUACAUUUAUACGUGGAUUUUAUGUUUUUAUGGGUUUUGGUAUUAUCGUUUUGGUUUAUAUGGGUAUUAAAACUAUUAGAGUAAAUCAACCACCAACACCUGACACAACUGUCCGAAAAUAUGGUAUAAAAGCAAAACGUGGUGAUUUAGAAAUGCUACCCUUACCUCUAGCAGAGGAUGAAGAUGAUGAUACAUUAUUCGAUGUAGGAAAUCAUGUUCGAACUGGCAACUAACUAAAACUCUUAUCCUUCCGUUUUGGUUAUCAUUGGAUCAAUAUGUCGAAGUCUUCAGAUGCCAUACUAAUAAUGUUUCCAUUCUAAAAUAAUCUUCUAACGACAAUAAACGUUUCUUUUCAAUGAUAUUUUUGCAGAGCUAAUAAUUUCCGUUUCGAAUGUUUAAAAAGAAAAAAGUAAAUUGUGAUAUUAAAAUGAUUCUAUCAAAAGUUACAUGGUUAGGUUUUUUUUUUCUUUCUUUCUAUUUUUUCUAAGAAU